GCACGAAAAAAUGUGCCUACAGCUCCAUUGCGCGUAGGUACUCGUUUCCCAUUUACUCUAAAUGAAAUCAAAUUGCAUUACUUAUGCAAGUAGCGCAAUCCAAUUUAAGCAACAUCAGUGCAUUUAAAAGUGUCGUAAAAGAGCGAAAGAAAAUACAAAAAAUAAAAAUAAAAAAAAAAAUAAUAACAAUGAAUGCACAGCGAAAAGAAAAACACGAAAACAAAAGCAAUUAUUAGCAAAGGAAGCAAACAUAAAUAUAUAUAUUUCCGUUCAAUUAUACCGGUUGUUACUUUAUUAAGAAGUGAAAAAAAAAAAAAAAAUUGCUAAAUUUCGAAUUAGCCAAUAAAAAGAGUUGAAUUUCAAUUGUGAAACGUAACAUUCUCAAGUGCGAAGCCAAAGACCCGAGGAAAUAAAAGAAAAAUAAUUUAAUAAAAUUCCCUUUCGGGUUCACCAAUUCCACCAAUUUGGUUUUGUGGCUGCGUGUUUUUUCCACCUGUCACAUAAUGAUUUUGCUUAUAGGCAGUCUUCCUGCUACAGUUAAGCUGCCACUGAAAGCAAUAACGUUCUUUUUACUCCUCCAUUGCAUCGGUUUUGCGUAUUGCGCGGAUAAAACUUAUAAUAGUGUCUACAAUGAAGUUGUUACGCCGGAUUUAAAGAAUGCGAUUAAGAAAGAGCUGCCGAAAGAAGCCAAAUUCUUCGACGAGUUGGAUUUGAUUCCGCAGAGUUGUCGUUUUCGUGGACACAAAUUCGAGUGUGGUCUCUCCAUUUCAUGCGUGCUGGGCGGCGGUAAGCCGGUUGAUCUCUGCUCGGGCGGCAUGAUCUGGUCAUGCUGUGUGGACAAAGACCUCGAUGCCGAGGAUACGCAUGCGGGUCAAGUGAAUAACACAAGUGACAUCAUACACCUGCAUGACAUUUAUCCCGACCUGGCCAGCCAUAACAAACACUAUCUGCAUGGUGGUGGCAGCAGCAGCAGCAGCAGUUCGCCACUCACGCAAGCACACAAUCUCCACGGAAUACAGAGCAGCAGCAGCGCACACACCACAUUGGGCUCCUCACGCCCGCCGCUCCAUCACUACCCCACCGUCAUCAAUAAUCAUCAGUACCAAGUCACACAGUCGUUGUAUGCCACAAAGCGGCCAUACAAGCCGCACAUCUACCGACCUGGACCGUCAGGUGGUGGCGGUGGCACAGCUGCGGCGUCGAGCAGUUGGGAACAUGAAUCUAAUCAACUCGGCUUGGGCGCCUCGCCAUCUGGCAUCACCAAUCACUUGGACACCUUCUUCGAUUUGGAGCGACCGCCCGCGCAUUCGGCAGAAAGUGGACCGCAUGAAUUGCUGCCACAUCCACAGCCUUUUGCUGUGGGCAACGUGCUGGACCUGAAUGCGGGCGAAGCGGCAGAAGACUACAAUAGCGGCGGCGGCGGCGGCGGCGGUGGCGGCCUUUAUUCUGAUGGAACCACUUAUCGACCAGUGCCGGGCUGUGGCGAGGUGUAUGCGCGCUCCAAUCGCAUAGUGGGCGGUCACUCGACGGGUUUUGGUUCACAUCCCUGGCAGGUGGCGCUGAUCAAAAGUGGAUUUCUUUCGCGUAAGCUUAGCUGUGGUGGCGCACUUGUCUCUAAUCGCUGGGUGGUUACUGCGGCGCAUUGUGUGGCAACCACCGCCAACUCGAAUAUGAAAAUCCGUCUGGGCGAGUGGGAUGUACGUGGUCAGGAAGAGCGGCUCAAUCACGAGGAAUACGGCAUCGAACGCAAAGAAGUGCAUCCACACUACAAUCCAGCAGAUUUCAAAAAUGACUUGGCGCUAAUUCGUUUAGAUCGAAAUGUUGUAUAUAAACAGCACAUAAUACCGGUGUGUUUACCGCCGCCAGCAACCAAGUUGGUGGGCAAAAUGGCGACAGUCGCUGGCUGGGGACGCACGCGGCAUGGUCAAAGCACAGUGCCCUCAGUGUUACAGGAAGUGGACGUUGAGGUGCUCUCAAAUGAUCGCUGUCAGCGUUGGUUCCGUGCUGCAGGUCGUCGUGAAGCGAUACAUGAUGUCUUCCUUUGCGCAGGCUACAAAGAGGGUGGCCGUGACUCAUGCCAAGGUGAUUCUGGUGGACCGCUCACCUUAACGCUGGAUGGCCGAAAAACGCUAAUCGGCUUGGUGUCUUGGGGUAUUGGCUGUGGUCGUGAACAUCUACCCGGUGUUUAUACGAAUAUACAAAAAUUUGUGCCGUGGAUUAGCAAGGUGAUGGCCAACGAUAAUGCGUAAUGCUGCUGCUGCAUCGGUUCGCUCGCUCACACUUGCCAAAGACUGCAGUGCACACAUAUUUACGACAUGCCACCUAAAUCGUUACUUUAUUAUAUUCUUUUGCUGCUCUUCUUUAUUGAAGCUUCUAAUUUUCAGUGAUUUUAAGUCUAAGCUCUGAUAUGGGUUCUUAAAGAGGUAUACCAAUUUAGAUAAAAGGUGUUGUUUACUAAAAAAUAAUGAAUUUUUAAUCUGAAAAUCUUUUUUUUUAUUCCCAUAACUGCUUAGAAAUUCUCA